AUGAAGCUAAAUCCGUUCUUUCUACUAGCGUUUUUGUUUGCCUACUUCACUGCGGUGUUGCCGGCGGUAUUCGGAGAAGCAGUGUCGCAAGAAGCAGCCGGUGACGACAAUGGAAGACCGUUAUUGAGUGAAGUCAAGAAUAAAAAUAUCCUUCCGUUGGAUUUACGAUCGCUCCAGGACUGGAAACUCACAGAUUUGCUCUUGGUCAGCGACAUUGAUGGCAAUUUGCAUGCGGUAGAGAGACACACUGGUGCUUUCCUCUGGACGCUACCGCUAGACGAGCCACUCGUGCGUGUUUCAAGGAACAAGUUCCCAAGAAAAGAUCCCGAGAACAAUACAAACCUACUAUGGCUUGUUGAGCCUUACCAGGAUGGGUCCUUGUAUUAUUUCACGCCACAAUAUGGCCUAAAUAAACUACCUACGUCGAUCAAGAACUUGGUGAUGGAGGCUCCAUUCUCUUUAAGUGGAGAUAAUAAAAUCUAUACUGGCGUUCGAAAGACGUCGUUAUACACAAUCAACAUGAAGACAGGCGAAGUGUUGAACCAGUUUGGGUCAGCUGACGAAAGUUGUCCGGCUCCCAAUCUUUACAAGUCUCCAAACUUCAGGCCAGACCUGGAUGAAAAUACUAUCAUGCUCGGAAAGACGACCUAUGAGUUGCUGGUCCACUACAAGUAUGAUUCCAGCGUGGUCUGGAACAUCACUUACUCGUCUUGGGGCCCCAAUAACAUUGACAAUGACUUGAUCAUGCAAAACGGUCAGUCAAUUGACGAUCUUUACUUUACUCCUUUCCACGAUAAAUCGUUACUAGCCAUCAACAAGGGGAGCGGCACGCCUCAGUGGAUCUGCAGAUUGCCUUCCUUAGCUGUCAAUGUUUUUGAUGUUUUCAACAACGAAGAAAACCUCAACCAGUAUGUGACGUUGCCUCAUCCACUCAAGGUUUUGAAUGAUCUCCAGCAACUUGAUGAUGCCCAAAAAGAGGCUGCCAAUAACGACCUUUGUUUUGUUAACAGAACUGCAAAUGGAAAGGAAUGGUUUGCCAUGAGCUUCCGCAAUUACCCAACACUACUUAAAUCUGCUCCAAUUGCUCAAUAUCAAAUGGCCCUUUACCAAUUCGCUACCGGUACAUUGGAUCGCCAAACCCAGGACUUCCUCUCUCGUCUUAAUGUUAGUCGAGAAGAUGUUGAACCAUUCAUUAACGGUGUCCAUAAGAUAAACCUCCUUUCGCCUGACUCGAUGUACCAACCGCAUCUGCAAUUCCGUAAGGAGGAAUAUUUGGGUAUUGGUGAUGGCUCAGAUGGCUCGACUGGUGUUGAAAAAGAGCUGAAGCAAGUACCUCAUAUGAUCGAUGGUAUUCUUUUCCCACAAACUAACGAUGAUCCCGGUCAAGGAUUGGCAACAAUAGACGAAAGACGCAAGGAACUUAUGGCCAACGACAGAAACUAUCCAACGGGCUUACCGGCUAGUCGCUCUGACGCUGACGUUGCAAUCCCUCAGUCUGAUCCACGCCAUACACUUUCAUUUUUCAGACGUAUAGCUGAGGACGUUGUGGUCCUUUGUAUCUUGCUUUUGGUUCUUUUCUCUGCCGGGAAACUCAACGGCUUCAUACAGUUCAACAAAGGUAAGGACAUUGCUUUGGCCGAGAAGGUGAACGACCUUGAAAUCAAUUUACAAGACCCUAAAGCCCUCAAGGUUGUGGAGGAACCCGAAGAAAAGCCCCUUCCCCAAAUUCCCGUCGAACUGACUGACGCUACACAGGAGACUCAAGACUUGAAGAAGGAACCAACCACUGAAGAGAGCCCGAAGAAGAAAGUGAAGAUCAUCACAGAUGAGGACACUCAUGAAGUUGUGCCUGGUGAGGCCGCUAAUGAUGGAUCCGCCAUUGCUGAUGGAGAGUCUAACACAAUAACCAAGAAGAAAAGAAAAAGAGGAAGCAGAGGAGGCAAAAGAGGAGGUAAAGGCAAAAAGAACGCUGAGAGCAAAGAUGAAGAGGAUCCUAAAGAUGAAGCUUCUGAGAACACUCAAGUUGCAAGUGAUGAGUCGAGUGUUGAGGAUGCAGAACCUAUCCCUACCAAGUCUCUUGUGAAGCAGUUCAGCAAGAGGAACAACACAAACAAAAAGUUGCAGAUCGACAAUAACUUGAUCAUCUCAGAUAAGAUAUUGGGGUAUGGCUCACAUGGUACCGUUGUAUACGAAGGAACAUUUGAGAACAGACCGGUCGCAGUGAAGCGGAUGCUUCUUGAUUUCUACGACAUAGCUAAUCAUGAAGUUCGCCUUCUACAGGAAAGUGAUGACCAUCCAAAUGUUGUGAGGUACUUCUGUUCACAGUCUAGUGAGUCUGAGAAGUUCUUGUACAUUGCCCUUGAAUUAUGUGUUUGUUCCCUCGAAGAUCUCGUUGAGAAGCCCAAGCUUGAUAAAGCUGCAUUGAAGCUCGACCAUCAUCUUAAGAAUGAGGUGUUGCUCCAGCUUGUAAGUGGGCUUCACUACUUGCAUUCCCUCAAGAUUGUUCAUCGUGAUAUAAAACCACAAAACAUCUUGGUUGGUGAUUCUACAAGAAAGAAGCAUUCAAAGACUGUCGCAGCUUUCAGACUACUCAUAUCCGAUUUUGGAUUGUGUAAGAAACUUGAUGCGGAUCAAUCAUCUUUCAGAGCUACCACUCAGCAUGCAGCCUCCGGAACAUCGGGCUGGAGAGCCCCUGAAUUACUUUUGCAUCAUGACCUCAUGGAAAUCUCCCCAGACACUGUGUCUUCGCUCAAUUCUACGUCGAAACACUCGAUCAAGGAUGGUAAUGGGCCGGCCAAUGGUUCAGGCAAGCGUCUCACGAAGGCAAUUGAUAUCUUUUCGCUCGGUUGUGUUUUCUAUUACAUUUUGACUGGUGGCGGUCAUCCUUUUGGUGAUCGGUACUUAAGAGAAGGUAACAUAGUGAGAGGAGAGUAUGACUUGUCUGCAUUAAAGCAGCAUUGCCCACACGAUUGGGUCGAGGCCACUCACUUGAUCGCUUCGAUGAUAUCAUUCAACCCCAAAACCAGACCUGAUACUUCUUUGAUUAUGAGACACCCAUACUUCUGGACUUACAAUAAGAAGUUAGAAUUUCUUCUCAAGGUCAGCGACAGGUUCGAAAUUGAGAGGAGAGAUCCACCAAGCCCGCUUUUACUUAGUUUGGAGGAAGCUGGACAAACUGUUCAUCAAGGCGACUGGCUCGCCAGGUUUGAUCAAGAAUUCAUUGAUAACUUGGGCAAGUAUCGCAAGUACAACACGGAUAAACUCAUGGAUCUUUUGCGUGCCUUGCGUAACAAAUACCAUCAUUUCAAUGAUAUGCCUCCUGAACUACAGGUGCAAAUGAGUCCACUUCCAACCGGGUUCUAUUCUUACUUCAACAACAAGUUCCCAAAGCUUCUCAUGGAAACUUAUAGAGUUGUCGCUGAUGAAGGAAUCAAAGACGAACAUAUCUUUGAGAGUUUCUAUUCGGCAACUUAG